AUGGAUUUUUGGUCGCGCCUCUUAGCACACACGCCGCUCUCGUCGGCCGGCUCCCGCAAGGACUUUGCCAAGGACCCUGCCCGUCGACUGCACCGAUUCGAGAAGGAAUACAGCCAGCUGCUGCACGCAUGGCGCAACUCGUCCAACCUGGCCCACGAUGAGGAGGCAGCCGAGAAUAUCGAAAUUCGACUUCAAGAACUGACGAACCUACUCAACGAUGAAUCGCGCCGUCCGUUGCCUCACCCCUGCAUCUCGUUUGCCGCCGCGAAGCAGGUCUACAUUCCUGUGGCCAAGAUCGCGACGAGCGCCUUCAACGAGUGGAUCAUUAAGGAGGCCGUGUUGUUCUUCGCAAGCCUGAUCGAGAGUGAGGAGGAGGCGUUUGUCGAGAACGAGGCGUUUGCGGCGAGCUUAACGAACCUGCUGGUCCGCAUCACAGGCGCCAACAGCAUCCGCCUCGGUGCCGACACAGAAGCCCGCGUCGUGGAGCUGGCCUUCAAUAUCACGACGAAGAUCCGCCUGGAACCCGAUAUAUUGACGGCAUGGUUCAAAUCACACAAUGCUGGCCUGGCUGACUCGCGGCCAUUGGGUCAGCGCGAGCGGUUUGCCGGGAGGACCCAAAAGCAAGACUUCCCGCUAUUUUACUUAUUGAUGGACUACAUACAUCACGAGGGCAAGAUUGGCGAUUUUGCGAGGACUGGCCUGCUCUACAUCAUUGAGGCCGCUUCGAGCUCCGUCUCACUGGAACAGUGGAUUGUCGAAAGCGAUCUCUCCACGUUGAUGGCGACUGGCUUGGGCGCUCUGUAUAGUCAACUGAGUCGCAAGCUUGUUAUCGAUCAUCCACCCAACGAACUUCCGCCUAUCCUCGCGUUUUCCGACUAUCAACACCCUAAAUCCAACUACGAGAUCGUCAGUUCCUGCUCGUUUCAGUUCCAGGCGCACUUGGACACUUUCCUUUCCCACCUUCUUUUCUGGCAGGAUGUCUUGAACCACUGUAGGUCGGUGGAGGUCAAGUCUACCUUGCUGGAGCAUUUCCAAGUCAUUUUCUUGCAACAAUUACUAUACCCUUCGUUGCUUGAAUCCUCGGAUGUUGACGGUGGAUCGUCUGUUGCCGUCCUGACUUACCUCCGACGGAUUCUGGAGUCACUCGACCAUCCUGACAUGGUGAACCUUAUUCUCCACUAUCUUCUGGGUCUUCCGGAUAUUGUGGGUUCCGUGAAGACGAAUGCGGGAGGCGCCGUGAGCGCUGCUCGGAAGCGCAAGUCUCUCGACCUUGCAACCAUGAUGGCGUCUAAAGGCGAGGCAGCUGCGGACCCACUGCUUUUCAACUUGGUGGAUCUGAUUCUGGCGUGUCUCAGGUCCCAAAAUAACCAAACUGUUUACGUUACCCUCCAGCUAGUUUCGGUGAUUCUUAAGCGGCAUCAUCGAUAUGCAGUCAUUACCCUGUUGUACACGGAAGGUGUGCUGGGCGAGUCGAAUCACCGGACAUCCGGCGGCCAUCAACAAGAAGUGGAAUACUUGACCUCUCUCGCCGGGAGCAUAGGAGGGCAGGAUAACUUUGACGAGAUGUACGACAACGUUCUCAAAGACACACUGGUGCGUUUGGAGAACCAUCCUUGCUCCCUCACGCUAGUCACGCCAAAGACAUCUACGCACAACCACAAACUACCGGCAGUUCCGGACACCCUUCCAGGCGCACCCAGGGAUGUCCGGUCCCACACCCUUCACCCUAAUGAUCCUUUACUCAACAUCGUCCUGGACCGCCUAGAAACGUUUUUCCUCAAUUCCGUGGAUACAAAUUUGGCAUUAACGGAGUCCGUUUUCGACCUUGCCGUCUGUGGCUUCAUGCACCUUGAGGGCUGGUUCAUGCGGAGUCCUCUCAAUUACGCUUAUGAAGAGGAGGAUGAUAGCCCGCCACUUCCCGAACCACCUCUAGACCCGGAGUCCCAGGAGUAUAUCGAGUACAAACAGAUGCAAGCCAUGCAGGAGUCCCGUCGGCGACCUAGGUGGAUUCAUGCGGAUCUUCCUCGUUUGCUCAAGAUAUUACAAACUCUCUGCGACCAGGUUGCUGGAUACCGGGAGAUUAUACCGCGUUUUGAUGACCUCCUCCAGCAGCGCCGUGAGGCGUUCCAGAUCGCUGAUUGCGCCAGCCAACCGCUGCCGAUUCACCCACCGCGUGCCAAAACGCCGGUCUCCUCCUCCGGCAACAUCGGUACGCCCAGCACGGAGCGUGCGUCCAUUUUCUCAGACGAAAGCCGGAAUGUGUCCCGCGAACGCCCAUCCGGUCUUGAAGGGUUUGCGCAGCGCCUCUUCUCCGAGCUCGGCACACCCACUCGAUCUGGGACCCCGCGUGGCCGCAAAGAAACGAAGCGGCCAGUUUCAGAUCGCUCGAUCCCUAAUCCUUUCGGCUCCCCAGAUUUGAGUCUGCAUCCACCACCCUCACGUACGGGACGGUCCUACUCACCUGGAACUGCUCCUCCUGCAAAAUCACCCGUCAUUCCUCCGUGGGAAACCCCCAUAAGCCGCCCCGACGCGUUCUCUAGCCAGGCCAAAGCUUUCCAGGCUGUGGACCAGAGCAUCCUUGCACGAAAGGUGGGCAUCCCGGAUACCAAGCCCGCGACGACGGCCGAUAACUCCAUCGAGUCCAUUGCACUUAGCUUCGACCGGCAGCGCACGGCGGGUGGGGUUUCCACGGCGGAUGAAAAGCUUGCCGCGGAUGAGGAGGAGGCUAAGGCCGCCGAGGGUGGCGGCGAAGACGCGCUCCUCGCGCCGUCAGAAGACGGGGAGACAGACGACGAGCAGGUGCACGGCGACGCGGCUGGUGUGGCUGGCACAUCAGGCGAGCCGGGCACCCCGCCAUCGGAAAACAAGGCGGUGUCGGUUUCGCAUGUGUUGACGAAUGUCAUUAUUCUUCAGGCAUUUUUGUUCGAGCUAGCUAGCGUCGUACAGGUGAGGGCGGGGCUGUUCGAUGAGGUGAAGUUUGCUUAG